ACAGUACCCAGAAAUCCGUUAUAAUAAUCGUAACGAUAACCAGAGCGUGCCAACAAUGCAUCCAUGCAAACGUGCGCACCCGAGUGUCAGAUAAAUCUUUGAAAUUCAACAAAAAAGUCGUGUGACACUAAAUGGCGUUGGAAAAUUUUAUGUCUCAAAUGGGUAUAGACACCAAGCAAAUGGUUGAAAGGUACUCUGAACAUGCCGGGCCAGUGCACGACCAUCAUGUUUAUUACGCAUACGAACCGUCCGGACCACCUCAUGACCACAGUGGCCACGUCACUUCAACUAAGCAUAACUAUGGAUCCGGUUUCAAAAGCAAUGCUUCAAUGUCAGCAUUAACUCUGUUAGCCUUCCUAUUUUUCCUGCAUAUUCUUCAACAAUGCAUCAAAGAUCACAUGAAUGAUAUGACAACGCCUCCAUUGAUGGUGAUGUCGGCCGGCAGGGAAGGCGAAGAGAACAUAUCAAAAGCCGCAAUAAAAAAAAUCGACAAAACCGGUGUUACCAAUUCAAAAAGCGAUGAAAAAAACGAUGAGAUAAACCGUGACUCUUUCGUAGAGAAGUAUGAAACUAAUUAUGACGAUGAUGAAUCAAAAAAACAACUGACCAGAAUUGAUUUGUUCUCAAAGACAAAAGAUGUGUACAAACAAAAAUACGAAAAUUUGUUUCCCAACGAUAAUUAUAAGCACUCCGGACACAUAAACGCAAUGGAAGAUUAUGAAUAAAUUUUGUGUGUAGUGUGUGUUUAAUAAAGGAAAAAUAAAAAUCACUUGUAUUUGUCUA